GAAAAAUAGCCCAAAUUUGGGGGGCAUUUCUGAGUUGCAUGUCAUGUUUGUACUUUGUAGUUAUGUUUUACCCCGUGUAGGAAAGGAAUACUUACCAAAAAGCCAAAACCAAAGUCCCCUAUGUUGCCAUCAUCAUCAUCAUCUUCGUCAAUAAACCCAGCUUUUACCCAGAAAAAAAAAGGAGAGAAUUUUUAUUCAAACAAGCGUUCGCCGGUAGAUUCUCGCCGCUUCCCAAAUCGUUGUUCUUGGCGAUUUCGGAGCUCGUUCCUGCCGGUGCUGAUCUUCCUGGGGGUCGUCGGAGCCUCGCGAUCUCGGUCUCAGUUCCUGCGAUCUGUUGGUGCGGAGCUUCUUUUAUAGCUGGCUGUAUAGAGCUGCUGAGUUUGGACUCUUCGCUAGUUGAAGGGCCAAUAAAGCACCCUGAGAGAGUAUAUGGAAGCUGAAGAGAAUUAAGUCUUUUUUUUAUUUAUGACUUAAUCAUGCAGUCAGAGGUGCAGAUUUCCUUAGACUCCGAGACCAACCUUCAUCCAGAGAGUCAUGUAACUCAGGAUGGAGGUGCAGGUCUAACAGCUUCCACCACGGCUCCUGUUUUGACACAGCAACCUGCAAAAAGACCUACACGGCAAUGGGCUGCUUGGACACGUCAAGAGGAGGAAAGUUUCUUUGCUGCAUUGCGUCAAGUUGGCAAGAAUUUUGAGAAGAUCACUUGCCGCGUGCAAAGUAAAAACAAGGAUCAGGUCAGACAUUAUUAUUAUCGCCUUGUUAGGCGUAUGAACAAACUACUGGGUCCAGGAUUGUGUCUUGAUGCCAAGAACUCUAAGGAUACUAAUGCUGCAAUGCUUAGAUGGUGGUCUUUGCUGGAGAAGUAUAGCUGUAAAGCAUCGAAGCUUCACUUGAAGCCCCGGAGGUUCAAGAUAUUUGUAGAAGCUUUGGAACAUCAACUGCUGAAAGACAGGAAGAAGAAUGUGAGGAAAAGAUCUCAAGGGGAGAAUUGUUCUUCUCCGAGCACUAUUUCAAGUCAUGGUCGAACAUCUGGACAUGACAGUCGUGCAGUCAGACUGGUUCUAGUUGACAGUCAGAAUAUACAGAAAUUAGGAUCUGGAAAGCCACCAUUGAAGCGCCCCUUAAAUGUUGUCCACCGUGGCAAUGGCAAGGUAGAAUCUACAACAAUGAAGCCAGCAAGACAGCGACGAAAACCGGGUGGUGCUGUCUCGUCUGCUGCAUAUAAAAAGUGGGAAAAGGCUGCCAUAGCUGGGGUUUCAUUGGUUGCUGAUGCUGCAGAGCAUUUGGAACGAACUGCUGUUAGUAAGGAGGUUGAAAAUGACCAGUGUAUUCCAAAGCAAAACGGUUCUGAUCAUACUGGAGAAGAUCUUCCACCUCUUCCUUGUUUCUCGAAGAACCAAUUUGUAGAGAGCAGUUUACAAGCUUCUAUGAAACUAAAACUUCAAUUAUUUCCGAUUGAUGAUGCCACAAGAAGAAGCUUGGAGAAGGAUAAUCAUAAUCCCUUCCUUGAGCUCACUCUCAGUAAUCGUAAGAAAAUAUCAUCAGUCAUGGAGCAUCUGAAUCGCAAAUGGGGAAGUUCGAGUGUAGCAUGUGGAGAGCUAAUGCUUUGUCCAUAUGGUGUUGAAAGGGAGAAAUUGGUUGGUUGUCAAAGAUGGACCCAGGAUACAGCUAUGAGUGCAGCAGAUGUUUACACAGUUCUGGAGAAUCCCGCGGUGUUCCGCUUAAGGUAUGGCUGGUUUUCCAAGGAUGAGUUAAGUUCGACAACAUUUCAAGAACGUCAAGCACCGUGCUUCCCCAGGGAGUCUGUUAUGGCGUGUAACAGCACUUUGGAUUCUGAACAAAUUCCUCCAUCAGCUAAUCAUCAGUUUGAGAAGGUCGGACAUACCUAUGAGGAUCAACUGCUUUCAGUGAGUGCUACCGGUGGUCUUGCAUGUCCCUCAAUUGUUUCCGAAGAGAGAAGUGGUUAUGUUGCCGUAGGUUCGAAGAGUGAUCUUAUGAAACCAUCUACUACUGGUACUGAUGCAAUGUGCUAUGCAAAUGAGACAGGUGGUGGGAUUAUGAGACAGUUGAAUGAUGGGGAUGAACUGAGAUCCGGCAACAAUAUAUCAGUGUCAGCCUGUGAGUGGGCUGAUAGUCUCACCAAUAUAAGCAUAGGAGAUUUACUUGAAGCAUCUUAUGACUUGCAUGUUAACUGUGACGAUGAAGGAGUAGCUGCCAAAAGUCCUCAGUGCAUGCCACAGAUGUCAUUUAGCUGUGAUUCAUUUGAUGCUGCUAUAGCCGCUCAUAUUUCUAGAUAUCAAAACAAGAUGGGAUCUGAGUCGACCUUAUUGUCCCAUGCAACAUCCAUAUGGGAUGCUGAAGAAACUUGUGAUGCCUUCUCAUUCCAAAAGAAUGCUGCUGUUCAUAAGGUCACUUCUGUGUCUGCCACUCAUUCUGAAGCCAGUGCACAGAUUAGAACAGGUCCUGUGGGCUUGGACGGCUCCAUUGAGGAAUUACGGCAAGCGGAAAAAGCUACUUACGAUAUUGAUCCUGCUGACCCUAUGGAUGAGUGUCAGCCACAAGAUCAACAUAUUGUGGAGAAUACAGCGAAAGAUGGUUUUGGGCUGACAGAUAUUUAUUGGCCCGACUCUUUAGGACCUUUGGAUUUGGAUGUACCAUCUUCAAAGUACCAUGCAGAAGAUCUAAUUUUGAGUGACAGUCUCAGUAGCUUGAACCGUCUGAUGGCCAACAGUUUGGAUGCAUUUCAAAAUUGCUCUUUCUUUGGAAUGGACAAGAAAGAAUCUGGAUCUACGGUUGAAGCUUGAGAAAGCGCCUAAUCUUGUGGUUACACUGACAUUUUACCCGGAUGUAUCUCGGAGUGGCACGAGGGGAAUAAUCUGUACCUGUAUUUUGUCGUCUUCCCAAUUAACUGACUCGAGGUACUGAUGCAAGUCUUGAGAAGUUCAGCGAUGUGCAGAAAGUUUCCUCACAGAUGACUCGCUCAGUUGUACAAAAAUAGACAUGAGCGAAUGUUCGUGACUUCUGUAUCUAAUUAUUAAUUUUUUUUGGCUACUUUCUCUGUACAUUGUUAAUCUCAACCAACGUGGACAAUUGUUAGUUUUACUUCGGUUCGUAUUCCUGUAACUGUUGUAGCAAAAGAAUGAGAACUGUUUCAAGCAAAUUUGGAAUGCCACCAGACAAGAUUUAAAGAGA